AAUUAAAUACAAAUAGUCGGCGGCAACGCAUUCGAGGCUCGUGGCCAAGACGUGCAUUCCCGUCGUUGCGUUUAUAAUUGGCUUAAAAGCGUGCAUACAUACGAGUGCAUAUAUAUGUUGAAAUCAGGCUGGUGAUAAUUAAGAUAUCAUAGACUCAAACUAUGUAUUUUAAUUCAUUAAAGUGAGCGAGCUGGCCAAUUCUUAACCACAGCGAAUAGAUGUCGUCGAUGCAGCAAUGCGUUUUUCUAAUACUAAUAUAUCUAUUGCCAGCUUAGUGCAUUAGUAAUUAGUAUGAAUGUAUUAAUGCUUGAAAAUCGCCCGAUCAUUUGUGCUUAAAAUAUCCGUUUUGUUAAGAGUUUAACUAGUGCAGGACUUGAAGAGCAAUCGCUGCUGUUUUUCACACCAUGGACAGAAAUGCAAUACAAACAAAAAGGAAACGGCAAAUACUGAAUGAAACUGAAUGCAUUUCUCUCCAUUUCUAUUACUAAUACUUUUUUUUUUGGAAUGUACUUUAAGUGAUGAAUUGUUAACAAAGACAAUACUUGGCAAUGGAAAUGAUUCUAUGGAAUAAGUAAACGAAUAUCGCCAGCAAGGGAUCAGCUCGAAUAGCGAGAUUUUUAUUAAUAUUUUAUAAGAUAGUAAGUUAUUGGAAGUACCUGAAGAUCCUUUGACGAUCAGAAGCCUGAGAUUAAAAUGAAGACUGCCCCAAUGACUCAGACACAAUUCUGCGUGAGGACCUUAGCCUCCGUCAUACUUUUGUUACUCACCGGAUUAUUGUGCACAGAAGGAAGUCAUUCGUUAUCAAAUAUACAAGGUCAAAGCGAACCUGAUGAAGUGGGACCGCACUUUUUGGCACAACUAACAAAUAUUACCGUACCACAAGGACGUGACAUAUCAUUCACCUGCGUUGUCGACAACCUGGGACAAUAUCGGGUGGCAUGGAUUAAAUCAGAUUCAAAAGCAAUACUUGGUAUACAUACACAUAUGGUAUCCCUAAAUCCAAGAUUAUCAGUGACACACAAUGGACACAACACCUGGAAACUUCACAUAUCCCACGUGCAGCUAAAUGAUUCUGGCAGCUACAUGUGUCAAGUGAAUACAGAUCCCAUGAAAAGUCUGUCUGGCUAUUUAGAUGUCGUGGUUCCACCUGACAUUCUCUACCAUCCCGACGAAAAUAUUGAUGAAGGUGUUAGCACAGAAGGCGGCAGUAUCGCGCUUCAGUGCAGUGCAACAGGUGUACCAGAACCUAUGGUCCAGUGGCGACGUGAAGGCGGAAAGGACAUUAUAAUAAGAUCGGAGAGUAGAGACAAGCAAGCAUUCAAGUCGGUGGAAGGCGAGCGACUGACUCUCACAAAUGUCCACCGUUCCGAUAUGGGUGGCUACCUUUGCAUAGCAUCUAAUGGUGUCCCACCCUCAGUAAGCAAACGUUUUGAUGUUCACGUAAAUUUUCCUCCAACUAUUAAAGCUGUUAAUCAGUUAGUAGGAGCGCCGGUUGAACGAGAAGUUAUAUUGGAAUGCAUAGUGGAAGUUUAUCCGAAGCCGCUUAAUGGCUGGUACCGUAAUGAAGGUAAUGUUAAGCUGCAUAAUAGCAACAAGUACAACAUAUCCGAGGCCAUGAUUAACCUGUACACGUGGCACCUCAAUUUGACGAUACGACACCUGACAAAGUCUGACUUUGGCGCUUACAGCUGUUCCAGUGUGAAUGCCCUUGGAAAGAGUGAGACGCGAAUUCGACUGCAAGAAUUACGAUUACCGCCCAAGUCCACAACGACAGCAACACCUCACGUUUAUACAACGGCCAAGCCGCGUCGGAAGCAGCAGCAGCCCAGCCACAACAAGGGACUGAACGAAGUGGUGCGUGCCAAGGAAACCCAUUUCUCAAAUCAAAUGCAGCAAGAGAACGAUGUAUUCGGCAGCGGGAUUGGUGUGCCCCAGAGCGCCAACGGCGGUGGUGCCGGUGGUAUUGUGGCAAGUGGAAACGUCAACGGCAUGAUAAACGGAGCGGAAGUACAUACGCAACUUCCAGCACGCAACGGAUACGAAAAAACAUAUAAGUCGCCGGGUGCAGUACCGUCACCUAGUCCGCCUUGGAUGUUUCCAAGUGCGGGGUCACAGCUGCUUGGCACAGCCACGAUAACGACUAAUGCCCUGGUGGCUCUUUUUUGCAUAUUGUCCAUGUAUUUAGUUAAGCUCAUUUAAAAUUAUGCUUCCAACGAAAUCCACGCCAGACUGUAACAAGCGGCAUCCAGGCAAAAAAGCGUGCGCGCCAGUGCCGCAAUACGAACACUGCAGAAUAUUGGCUUUGCAGCACAAACAGGAGGAGUUCGAGUUCGAGUUCGAGUUGGACGAUUUCAAAAGGUUUUCAAUUGUCUAGUCAUUUCAUAGCCAGCAAUGCUAAACUUUACUUGCGCUAGCACAGUUAUGAACCUAUCUACGUACACAUCUAAGAUUUUAAUAGUGCUAAGUACUAUAUUGACAAAAUUAAGUAAAGCACAUAACGAACCAAAAAUAGUUCUUCAAUAUAUUCGAGAAAAAACAAAAAUACGAUCACAAAUGAUAUGCAUACUUCAUUGUUUUGCUUAAGCUUGUUCUUGCAUAU